UCCGGAAUAUUCGCAAAAGCGGAAAUACUUGGAAAACCAUACUUGGUUUAACUUCAAACUCGAACUCGCUUGUUGAUGUUGCGGCAAAGCUAUAAAAACUGUAAUUAGUUUGCGCUCGUGGGUUCGCAAAAUUUAAUUAGCAAGCCAUGUGGUGAAAAGUGGGAAGUAAAUAAACAAACCCUUCGGAAGUGCAUAAUUACAAUGCUAACAAACAAAAGAAACAAUAUAAACGAAAUGACCAAUACCGAAUAGUUAGUCUAACAAAGUGACCACAAAGCAAUCUAGUUUGCGUUGCCAAUAUAAAUCGAAUUGAAAUCAGAUUACAAGCUUAAAUAGUUCAAUGAUUUGGCUUUCGUCGGACGAACAAUGGUCACUAGUUAUUUGAAGUGAGAAAAUUAUGCAAAACAUGGCAAAAUCUAAAAUGUAUAAUUAAAUUUAACGAAUCAACGUGUUUUUACUAAGUGAGCCAGUAUUAAAUAAAAUAAAUAAUUAUAAUCUGCAGUGUUUGUCUAAAAAAGAGAGAAGAAGUGAUUAUCAAUUAUCUAGGUAAAUACCGCAUUAAAGUGUGAAUUGGAUUUCGAUAUUGGCAAGAACCAAACAAAGGCCAAUCAAAGGAUUUUACCAUAGCCACAUAUCAAAGGAGCACAACACGCCAACGAUGAAUGCAGGUGCUGUGUGAAAGUGCCUCUGUUCCUGGAGAGGGACGGAUCCAAGUUGAAUCAAAGCCGGAACGUGACUUUUGCCGAAAGUAAAUUGAGCCACCGCAGCGAUAAAAGCUGCCAUGCCAACCGGCGAGUGGCGCUAGGACACUCGUAAAGAUAAAGGAUCCAUGGCCCGGCCGAAUCCAGGUGCACCCGUGAUGAGAGCCGAUGACAUCUAUUCGCGGGUGCACUCCGCAACCCUUCUGACCCUGCCCCUGCACCUGGUCCUCCUGCUCUUUCUGCUCGUGCUGCAGCUCCUGGCACCGGCUGCAGCGACUCCCGUGAAUCCCUGUGCCCACAAGGGCAUGGCCGAGCUGAUUCGCAACAGUCCGGUGAUUGUCAAGGCCCUCGUCGCACGGAUCUUCGCCGAUGAGCCGGAGGGACCGGUGCAGUCCUUCGCACAGGACACGAUUUUAAUAACAUUAACGCCGGAAACGAUAUACAAGGGUGCCUCGCUGCUGAAAGUGGCCAACGGCAAUGGCGAUGCCGGGAAUCCCAUGUCGCCGAGGGUGGGAGGUCUCAUGUCCUGGAGCUCGGGCCAUCGCAGCAGAGGCGGCAGCGCUGGAUCCGCGGGCAGCGGUGGCUCCUGGAGCGGCGCUGAGUCAGCCUUUCAGUACGAGGGGCAGUUGAAUGCGACCCUCCAGCCACUGCGUUGUUUCGAUAAUAACAUGCUGAAAAUGCUGCCGGCGGAGUUAAUUGCCUUUGGCAAACUGCUGCCCGCUGCGACGGCAUCCUCCGGAAGCAGUCCGCUGACCGCACGACAGCUUCAACGACCGCCCGUGGGUGGCGCCACCGAUGUGCUGCAAGUCAGCGUCAACGGUUUGCAUCGCUGGACGCCGCAGUUCGAGAAUCAUAUCUGGAAGCAUUUGGGCUGGGACGAUUGGAGCGACUUCACCUUGUGCAGUGUCACCUGCGGUCAGGGGGUGCAGCAGCGUUUCCGGCGCUGCCUGCUCGACAAUCCGCUGGUGGACAUCAACAUGAACAUCAAUCUGGAGGAGGACGACGAUGACGACGACGAGGAUGGUGCGGCUGAGGGUGCCGACGAUGCGGGCGCAGUUGGGCUUUCCGUGUCCAAGGAGACAGACGUUUUCGGCGAUGGCAGCAACGAUCUGCUGGCCGAUGAGGAUGAGAACGAGCUGCUCAUAAUGCGUGCAAGUGGCGACGAGUCAUUGCAUAAAUUUGACCAGGCAACGACGACGAUUACGCCGCAGACCAGUGUCCGUGCCCAUGCCCCUUCGAGCGCCAGUCCCCCGGCACCUGAACCCAUGGGAGAGACAAGCGGCGGUAAUGAACCACCAAGUGAUGAUGAAGGAGGAGCCGGUGAAAGUGUCAGGUUUGUGCCGAGUGCGCACAAUGACCGGACUGGAAACGAAGUGGGAGCUGGAGCGGCGACUGGCUCCAGUGCUGCGACCAGGAAGGCACGUGCCAGCAAUCAGCACAAGAAACGCAAGCCCACCAAGAGCGUGGCCCUGUCGACACUCCUCUGCGAGGGCUACAACAUCGAGCAGCGCAACUGCAACAGUUUCGAGUGCAGCGAUGACAUAAGCGAUCUGCUAAAGUUCUACAAGAAGCUGCCGAUGGGUGAGGAUUUGCCCACUCAAGCCUCGGAUGCUUCGCUUGCCCCUUCCUAUCCGGAUGCAUAUUCAAAUUCGGAUCUCACCACGGCGGGUCUGAUGGGCACAGCAUUCAGUCCCACGCCCUCGACGCCCUACAACAUGGGCUACAUUCGCAGCUGGAGGAACCUGCUCAACUUCACACUUAUGGUCACAUUAAGGGCUAAGAACGACACCAAGAGCACGGCGACCAUAUUCUCCAUAAGGAACGCCACUCACAAUCUUUAUCUGGAGGCCUGCAAGGACGGACUGCGUUUGUACUUGGAGCGGGACAAUACGACGGAAAUGUUGCCGGUGAAAUUCAAUUUAUACGAUUAUCGCUGGCAUCAAGUGGCCAUCAGCAUCCAGAACGGCGAUUUCAUAUCGAUUUACGUCGAUUGCGCGUGGACAAACAGUUUCGUUGUCUCCAAGCGACUUUUCACGUUGCCCGUGGACGCGGAUGUGGAAAUCGGACGCGGCUUCAAUGGUGAACUGCAGCAACUGCUCGUGCUGCCGGAAAACCAGGAACGGCUGCAGUGCAGCAACAAGCGCACCUCCAUCAACGAGGUGAAGCGCUAUAUCAUCGACACAUUCAUCGAGGACUACAAUGGCAACUGAGGCAAACGCCAAUCGACCGAAUGCCACUGAAUAUGCAUAUAUAUUAUGUGGCAGCAAGUCCGCUCGAAAUCCGAUUACAAAUUAGGCAAAUCAAAACUGCAUAGAUUUAUGAUUAUUCAUUUCAUUUGCAUACAUCUACAUACAUGUGUAUGUAUUAGGGCAAGAAUGUAUGUAUGUGCAACUUUACAUACUAAUAUUACGCAUACGCCAUGUGAUUUAUGCGCUAGCAAAUAGCGCACUCCACCACAGAAGCCAUAAACAGUCAGUGAAAUUCGAUUGCGGACACAUUAUGGAUGUCAUUCAUUCGCAUUCCAAUCGAGGGAAUGUGCUCGGCAUUUGUAAUAAUUAAGCUAAUUUGACGGAAUACAAUAAUUGUAAACGCAGAAAUUAAAAUAAUUUGCAUAGCGAAAGUAAAAUGCAAAAAUUGAAAGACGAAGAGUAAGAUCAAAUAUAACGCAACUAUGUA